AUACAUUUAUUUCGUGGUACUCGUUGUAAAAGUUGGACGCAACUGCGCGUCAUCCGCGCAGUAAAAGUAAUUAUUUUUAAUUUGUGCUUAAACUAAGUAUUUUAUAAUAAAAUACAUUUGAGAUAGCACACACACAAAGCAGAUACAGAAAAUUCUAUUGAUUUCUACGCUCGUCCAAGAUGGCGGACGACGAGCAAUUCAGUUUGUGCUGGAACAAUUUCAACACAAAUCUGUCUGCUGGAUUCCACGAAUCGCUAUGUCGUGGGGAUCUGGUGGAUGUUUCGUUGGCUGCGGAGGGGCAAAUCGUGAAGGCGCAUCGUUUGGUGCUGUCCGUCUGCUCGCCCUUUUUCCGCAAAAUGUUUACGCAAAUGCCAUCGAAUACCCAUGCCAUCGUUUUCUUAAAUAAUGUCAGUCAUUCGGCAUUAAAGGAUCUGAUUCAGUUUAUGUAUUGCGGCGAAGUGAACGUUAAACAGGACGCAUUGCCAGCCUUCAUAAGCACAGCAGAGUCGCUGCAAAUAAAGGGGCUGACAGAUAAUGAUCCUGCGCCGCAGCCCCCACAGGAACCCACACCCCCACCAGCCGCACCUCAUGUACAACAACAACAACAACAAAUCCCCGCCCAGCGUGUACAACGUCAACAGCCUCGUACCUCUGCCCGGUACAAGAUUGAGACCGUUGACGAUGUUCUGGGCGAUGACAAGGCCACCACACAAAUCGUCAUCCAGACAACAGCCGCACCACAAGCCACCAUCGUACAACAGCCCCAGCAACAGCAGCAGCAGCAGCACAUACAAACGCAGCAGCUGCAGACGGGCACCACAACAACAGCUACGCUGGUGUCGACAAACAAACGCGCGGCCCAACGGGGCAGUCUGAUUGGCUCAGGUGCUGUAAAGCGCUCAAAGACAUCCACCACAACCAGCACCGCCGCCGCCAACGUAAUUGACCCACUGGAAUCGACAACGGAUACGUCUGCGAAUGCCACAACUAGCACACAGCAGCUGGGAACCCAACAGAUAACCGUGCAGACAACUGUGGUGGCCGCAGACACGAAAGUGCAUCAGGUGCGCCAGCAGCAGCAACAACAACAACAGCAGCAACAGGCGGCCGCUCAAGAGGAAGCUGAAUAUAUUGAUCUCCCAAUGGAAUUGCCCACAAAGUCAGAGCCGGACUAUAGCGAAGAGCAUGCCGAGGUAGCGGGCGAUGGCGAUACGCCCUACGUAGAGGAUGAUGCCUACGGCGACAUGCGCUAUGAUGACAGCUAUUUCACCGAGAACGAAGAUGCAGGCAAUCAAACUGGUGGUAACACGAGCACCAGCAUCGCAGCCACCACGUCAAAGGCCGUUGUCAAGCAGCAGUCGCAGAGCUACAGUGACUCUUCGUUUGUCGACACCGGCGCGGAUCAAGGCAACACAGAGGCUCAAGUUGUUGCUGCUGCUCCAUAUAAGCCCAAGGUGCAAUUCUCGGUCUCAAAACGCGGCGGCCAGCUGCUCUGGCUGGACGGCCUAAAGUUCUUCAGGAACAACGAGAACCGCUCGAACUUCUUCUGGCGCUGCCAUUGGUAUUACCGCCACGUACGCUGCCCAGUGCUAAUUUGCAUGAAUAAGUUCGAUUCGAGUGACUUCCGACAGAUCCACGAGCAUUGCCAUGUGCGACCGGAGCGCAAGGAGAAGCAGCAGCAGCAGCAGCAACAGCAAAUGCAGCUGGAAGUAACCGCAGUCAGGACGAGGGCCAACACGAACAGGAGCAGGACCUUAGCCACGUCCAAGGCGAGAGCUAGAGCCACGUCGUUAAUCUAUUUACCGCCUUUCUGUCAGCCAUGUGGACACGUGCCUGCGGCAACAGCAGCAACAGCAGCAGUGGCGGCACGGGCAUCGGUAUCGUCCACCAGCUGUUCCUCAACUACGACUUCUCGGUGCUGUUGUUUUUGUUGCAGUAGCAGUAGGGAACAUAAAAAUGAUGAUAAACAUGCCACAAUGCCGACGGUGACAACAGCAGGAGCAGGAGCAGCUGUACUGUGCCCUGCCUCAGUCGCAGUGGCAGUUUCAGCCUCAUCCUCGCCAGCAACUUCUUUGGAGCUGGCGCACAAAUUCCUGCAGCGUGAUAUUCAGUUUAGCGUGGCGCCUAGCUGCAACGCUCUCAGACGCUCGACGCAAUUAGUUAUGCCAAUUGUUGUAGGUGGCAGCAACAGCAACAGCCAUGGUAGCGUCUCGGAAUGUUUGCGACGCCAGCGCCAGCGACGUGAGCUUAUGCGAAUCGAGCGACAAAGUCAGGGGGCAACGCAGCUGGACACAAUAAAACCAAUCAGCAGUGCAACAGCAACUAUAACUACAACAGCAGCAACACUUGCAGCCACAGCAACAACAACAACAAAUAGUUCGCAAGCAACGACAACGGCAAAAAUUGACGAAGAGAAGUUGAAUGAGGAUGAAGAUGAAGAUGAUGAUGAUGAUGAGGAUGAUAAAUGUAGGUGCUAUAACUAUAACGGUGAUAUUAGUGCGCUGGAACGUCUAGAGCAAGAGAAGGAGCGGGAAGCGCUAAAGAAAAGGCAGCAACAGCAACCGCAAGAUGAGAUGGAGCUGGAGCUGAAACGACAGCAGCAGCAGCAGCAGACGCUGCCUGAGUGGUAUCAGCUUCCUAGCAUUACGUGGCUAAAAUUCUGGCAGCAGCAACUGUGCAACAGCAACAGCAGCAGCAGAAAURGCAGUAGCGACGCCAGCAACUUCGCCAAUGCGACAACGCUAACAACGAAUAUAACGACAACAACGGCAGCAGUAGCAACAACAACAACAAUUGACAGGAGUCGGGGCAGAAGCUGCGGCAGCAACAGCAUGACGUCGACAAAAAGUUGGCUGAGAGCACUGUGGCUGACGCUGCUGCUGGCCACGUCCGUUAGCGGCUGGGGAGGACGUCAAGAUGCGCCUACAAACUGCACGUUUCCUGCCCGAUGGGAGGGCUCCUGGUUUUUAUCUGGCUACCAGCAAUCCAUCCACAUUAAGGGCUCACAGUUCAGCUACCGGGGCAGGUGCGCCGCCUAUGAUGGUAACAAAUAUCUGAUUGUGGAUGAGAAAGGAUGUCAUCGUUGCCUGGUUAUCUAUGAGAAGCAUAAGAAUGUGCUGCAGUAUAAAGAAAGUGAGUGCGAAGGUGAUAGUAUGUAUAUGCAUCAGUCGAACAAUCCAUCUGCACUGGCGAUGCGUAGCUCUAUAAAACAAAGUGAUCAUAGGGGGGGAGCUCAUCCCAAUACGAACGGGCAUUCAAGACUAUCAUCAUCGGAUCAGUACAUAAUGAGAUCCAAUGACGAUAUGAAUGAUUACCAUUGCAAGGGCCGUGAGACUUUACAGAAUCUCUGCGAUCAAAUUCCGGGCGAUGCUCUGCUCUAUUCGCUGUUCCGUGAGAGCGCUGAACCGGUCAAGUGCCCACUAAAGGGUCCCUUUAUAUUCACUUAUAAUCGCGGCCAUGGGGAGUGCAAAUCCCCCGUGUCGAACAUUGAGAGCUGCACCGAGGAGAGUCGCCUGCUAUUAAGUUUUCAGGCCUGUCCCGAUGUCCAAGGCACAGAGAGUACGGUUGAGGAACUAACGUGUCUGGCCACAUGGAAGGACGGGAACUCAAGGUAUCUGGUGGGUCUUGUCUCACAUCAUCAUGCCAUUUCGAAUGAGGAGCGUUAUCGUUGCUUUGUUUACGAGAAAAUCUCCUCGCUGAUGGGUGGCCCAAGCAUGCUCAGCUCGAAGGAUGCCGAGUAUAAGCUGGCACAAUCCGGCGACGCCACUUGCAAUGGCUUAGACAGCGCCGAGGUUGGCUCGCGAAUAAUGUCGCUGCGAAAACCGCCGGCGGCGGAGCGCUGCGAUUUUCCCGCCUGGUUCAAGGGUCCGCGACACUGGCAUGCACUUAUGGGGAAUGCUGUCUACAAUUAUCAUUCCAACGAUGGCUCUGUGCACAUUAUUAAGCCCAACGGCUACAUGGAGACACGUGCCCUCUGCGAGCAGAUAAACAAACAGACCUCAACCGAAAUGAUGGCUGUGGUGCACUACACCACUGGCUGCCAAUCGGGCUUUAUGUGCAUGAUGUUCUACCGUCGGGAUACACACGUCAUUGAGAUACAAACAGGCAAGCCGGCCAUUCGACUAGAGGAUGCCUGUGCUCCGGAUCACUUUGACUUCAAUAAGAUGGCCUACAUAACGCUGCUGGCUAGCAAUCCAGAGCCGCAUAUUUGCCCCAUGGAGGGCCUGUACAAUCUGCGUGGGGCAAUUGGACCACCGUACCUGGUCACACGCCACAAGCGUAAUCACAAUGGCAAAUCGCAUCUUGGACAUGGUCAUCAUCAUCAUCAGAACGAUGGUCUGGAGACUGGCUCUUUUGGCCACAAGGGGCGCAGCACACUCAGCUUCCGCAAUGCCGAGCGCACGGAGCGUGGCUCCUGGCAUUCUAACACACGGGGCCUGCCCGCGCGCAGUCGCCGCAAUGCUGCAGAGCCGAGGCCAGACCAUCAGCAGGAGUCUUCGAAUCGGUUGCAGCAGGUUUUAGUGCUGAACAGCUCCAAUGAUACUAGUGUAGGUUUCAUAGCAACGCGCAGUCGACGUGAUGCGCCUGGCUGUGUGACCAACUACAAUGCACAGCGACAGCUUUGGGUGGGCUGCACGGCACCCAAUGUCAUCGAUGUGAGUCCACUGUGCAGCCUGGAUGGCGAGGAGGAGUACUCCUGUCAUGGUUCUUGGAGCGAGAACAGCACCGUCUACAUCAUUGCCAGGCACAAGGGCACAAAACAUGGCGUCUGCAUCAGCUACAGGCCCUCGGAUGGCAAUGCUGCUAAGCUGGUCGUGGGAGAUGCCUGCUAUCGAGGCACUCAAAAGCCUCCCGAUCAUCAUUUAGUGGCCAACCUAUCCUUCUUUGGCAAAUGCGGUGAAACGGGGUCCAGUGCCAGCUCCUCAGCUCACUUGACCAGCUGGCUGUUGCUGUUAGUCAUGUUGAUGUGGCCAACGUUACUAGAAUUGCACAACUUCAGCAAUUUGGUAGAUGGGUUAAGCCAAGGAUCUGCUCACUAACCCAAGCAAUUCCCAUUCUGACGAAACAUGUAUACAAGACACACAUUUAAGACUAAUUGUACAUUGCAUAUUGUAUAUGUAAGGCCUACGCGAUCAUAAACAAUUUGAAAUAUCUUUUGCUGUAUAUAAGUUAGUU